AUGGCCUCUGGGACUGGAGGGAGCCGGGGUCAUCCCCCAGCGCAGAGCGGAACCCCCACGCCCUGGGUGACCCUCCUGCAGCCCCUCCCGUGGGCCAUCCCACCACCACCCAGGCAACCAGGCCAUGUGAAGGAAGACCUGCUGGAGCUGAUGCUGCUGCAGAACGCACAGAUGCACCAGCUGAUCCUGAGUCGCCUGGUGGCUGGAGCUCUCAAUCCCUGGCCAGCCUUUUCUGGCCUGCAGGGAGAGCCUGAUCCUGUAUCACCAUCUCCCCGCUAUCCCCAGGUCCCCCUGGAGGGUCCAGAGGAAGAGUGUGAGGAGGAGGAGCUCGAAGCCCAGGAGGAAGGGCCAUUGGUGGUCCACCACCACUACCUGCCCUGCCCGAUGCCCGCCCUGGGCCCCCUGUCACCCUGGCCCUCACCUUUCCUCCCCCCUCCCCCACAUCAGCCCCACUUGCAGGAUGCAUCCAGGAUUCAGCGGCACCCUCCUGCCUUCAGGAAAAGGGGGGCGAGAGCUGUGCCCCCACCCCCACCCCCCAGUGCCACAGGGACUGUGGGUGCGGAUGUACCCCCGGCUUCAGAUUACUAUGAUGCUGAGAGCCUACCAUGA